AUGCUUGGACACUCCCGCAUGGUUUCCAUUCCCCAGGUAAAUGACUGCCUGGACCGAGGCUGGAUCGUGCUCGUUCCGAACCAUCGGCUUUGCCCCGGUGUGAACCUGUUAGACGGGCCGAUGCGGGAUAUCCGCGAUCUAUUAGCCUGGAUUCACGAUGGCCACCUCGAUAUAUUCCUAAAGGACCACGGACCUUAUCAGGCUGACCUGGAAAAUGUCGCUGCAUUCGGAACCUCGUCUGGUGGGCAUUUAGCUCUUAGCUUGGUAUGUAUCCUCCAGAAACCAAGCAUCUACCACGAAAUCCAUUUUUUUGGGAGUUCUCAAGCUAAAGAAAUACAGGGUUUCAACGUCCCAAUCCCCGCGAAAGCAAUCCUCUCCCUGUACGGUUCAGUAAACUUCUCAAAUCCACUCUGGUCAAAACCAAUCCCCCACGUCGCCGCGAAACUACCCAAAGAUCUUUCCCCGGAAUUCCUCAACAAGAUCUACGACGAGAUCCCCAUCCCGACGGAUUCCUCUGUCUCAUUAGAAGGUCAGACUGAAUCCGGCGUGUCGAAGGGUCCUGAUUUCUCAAAGGCCCGAGACGCAUUCGCUUUUACCCAGAUUGCGGGCGGAACGGUCACAAGUGCUAUUUACCCUCAGGGUCAAACUAUUGAUACUAAAUUUGAUCUUGUGGAUCCGGCGAGGAAUAUCACGGCUGAGUUCCCGCCGACCUAUAUCGUGCAUGGGCAGGCUGAUACGAUGGUUCCUAUUGAUCUUAGUAGGGGUUUCCUCGCUACAUUGAAAGGGGCGGGUGUGAGGUGUGGAAUGACUGAGGUACCUGGGGAGGAGCACACUUUUGCGGCUAUGAUGGAGGUUGGGUCGAAGACUUGGUGGUUGCAGAGGGAGGGGUUUGAUUUCCUUGAGGGGGUUAUUGGGAGAGGGCCUAAGUAG